AUGACCAUACUCUCUGCAGAGGCGGCACGUCCGGCGUUGUCCAGCAUACGACACUAUUACCUGCGUGCAGAAGUGAUCAAAGUUCCACCACCGGCCGAAUUUGCUGGUGGCAUCGGGGAGUCUGGCUUUGGUACUAGUCACGGUAAAUACCCAAUUUUCGGGGUUCCCCCAGGGCUCAGUUUCAGGCCCUGGUACUCCUUCGUGCAACCUCCUGACACAGUCUGGGGUGUUAGACUCGAUAAUGGUUCAUGGACCGGCAUGAUGGGUAUGGUGGUGAGGGAGGAAGUAAGUAUUGGUGCUGGACCGUUUAUGGUCGAUAGAUGGCGAGCCGAGGUGGUGGACUUCACUGUACCAAUGGUAAUAGACUAUUGGAGGAUCCUGGGCGUUCGUGGUGUUCCCGAAGUGGACCCCUGGGGCUUCUUGUUCCCCCUGGCACCACUGGUGUGGGCGACAAUCCUAGUGAUGCUGGUGGUGCUUGCUGCUGCAGUGUUCCUCAUGUAUUCCUGCGGCUCUCUCAAGAGUGAUGAUCACAACUACUGGUUACAGGUCUCCUUCGGCUAUGUUCGGAUAUUAUUACAGCAAGAUAUGACGCUGCCUAUAAUCUGGUUGUGGGAGAGGGUUGUGUUGAUGGUGUGGAUGAUGGUGACACUGGUGUUAACACGGAGUUACUCUGGCAACCUCAUGGCUCUCCUGGCAGUGAGACACAUCCCUCAACCUUACCAAACACUACGUGACGUGAUGGACGACCCGUCAGUGAAGCUGAUAUGGCAAAAAGACUCUGCUUCUGUUCCUUAUCUAAAAACAGCGAAGUUUGGUAUAUACCGGGAGAUAGCUGAUUCAGAGAAGACUGGUCGGCUGAUAUUUAUACCACAUCCGCAGUUCCCAGAAGCCAUAGACACUUUAGUACGACGUGGCGACCACGUCAUCAUUGAUAUUCGUGGUGAUGUCAGGUCUACUAUUGCUCAAGAUUUCACAAAAACAGGAAAAUGCUCAUUUUACCAGUCCAGAGAAGAGUUUCUCCUGGUAAUGUUAGCCAUGAUUAGUCAAAAGGACAGUCCACUCGUUCCAGUUCUAAAUAAAAGGAUGACGUCGAUGACGGAGGCUGGGUUGUUCUUCCAGUGGUUGAUAGCUGAAGAACCCAAUGCCACUGUGUGUGAUCAUGUUCCCACCAAGAUCACUGUCAACGAAGCUCUCACUUUCAGCAACCUUUCGGGAAUGUUUGUUAUCCUCCUGGUGGGUCAUCUUACCAGUCUGUCUGUACUCUGCCUCGAGCUUCUCAUUCUUCACAUUCAAAAACUCUAG